GAUCGUCAGUUUUUUUUUUCGAAAACAUAGUACAAAGGUUUAUAGAGUUUUUCACCACACACUCGUAUGCGACAUCUAUCGGCCGUCGGUCACUAUUAGCACGAGGACCUGCCUUAACAUUGAUUCAUCCGUACUAUGUUGACGGCCAAAAGCCCCUAGUAUAAGUAGUGCGUUAUUAUACUUAGCAGUUGGACGACAUCAGCCGUUUCAAUCAUAAUCACUUUCCCUUUGCCUCACAUAGCUUUUACCGUGUAGGUCGUGCCGAGUGAAAAUUAGCCACUGUUGUCUUGUAAAAAGCAUUAACGAUUUGCCUUGUUUUUUCAUUUAAACCACACCAUGCUGAAGACGACAAGUACAGCGACCCUACUCAAGACCACAAUCGAGAAACUUGUUCCUUUGUGGCAACCAUGGAGGAGCCUUGCAACUGAAGCUACAUUUGAAACAAAACCGUAUAAGCUGCACAAAUUAGAAUCGGGACCCAACAGUACGGUGACUGUGACUAAAGAUGAUGCUAUCAACUUUUACAAGCAAAUGCAAUACAUUAGGCGCAUUGAAACGGCGGCUGGUAAUUUGUACAAAGAGAAAAUCAUCCGAGGAUUUUGUCAUCUUUACUCGGGACAGGAAGCUUGUGCAGUGGGCAUGAAGGCGGCGUUCCGGGAUCAAGAUUCUGUGAUAUCGGCUUACCGAGUGCACGGGUGGACAUACUUAAUGGGCGCAUCGCCACUCGGAGUGCUGGCCGAACUCACUGGCCGUAAAAGCGGUGUGGUUCGCGGUAAGGGUGGCUCCAUGCACAUGUACGGCAAAAACUUUUAUGGUGGCAAUGGCAUUGUCGGAGCUCAGGUACCUUUAGGUGCAGGCAUUGCGUUCGCUGCCAAGUACUUGGGCACUGGAGGUGUGUGCUUUGCUCUGUAUGGUGAUGGAGCUUCAAAUCAGGGUCAGGUGUUUGAAGCUUACAACAUGGCCAAGUUAUGGAAUCUGCCGUGCAUUUUCGUAUGCGAGAACAACGGAUAUGCUAUGGGAACAAGUUCAGAACGGUCAGCAUCAAACACGUCGUACUACACCAGGGGCGAUUACAUACCCGGCAUAUGGGUAGAUGGCAUGGACGUGUUGGCGGUGAGAGAAGCGUCCAAGUUCGCUGUGGACUAUUGCACUCAAGGUAAAGGGCCAUUAGUGCUAGAAACCGUCACUUAUAGGUAUUCAGGGCACUCGAUGUCGGAUCCAGGCACGUCGUACAGAACGAGGGAAGAGAUACAAGCCGUGAGGAUGACCAGAGAUCCGAUCACGUCGUUUAAAGAAAAAAUGCUUUCGGCCAAUUUGGCGUCGACCGAAGACCUCAAAGUGAUCGAUAAAGAGAUCAAAGCAGAAAUCGAUUACGCGACGUUAAAAUCCAAAGAUGAUCCAGAGAUCUCGCUUGAAGAACUGGGAGCCGACAUUUACGCAAAACCACUGGAAAGCGAACACCGAGGGGUUACCCCUUGGCAAAAAAUCAAACACAUCAGUGUUGGACCGGCAAUAAAUGUUUAAGACUUAAAAUGUAAACAUAGUCAAAUUUCCACAGACCGGGUUUUUUCAAUUUUACAUAAUUAUUAAACCCACAUGGUAUAGUUACGGCCAAUUGUGUCGAUUGAUCAUCGAUUAUCAUAAUUAAUUAGUCAUACUUACGUUCCUAGUACUACAAUAUGGUGUCUGGAUCAUUUUUUGCCAGAUUACUUUUCGUUCAACCGAUCGUUUGUUUGGAAUACUUCGUCGUACCAAUUCUACAUAGAAUGCAUAUUAGAUAUGCUUACAAUUAAGGAAAUUAAAUUUAAAAUGGUACUCAAAAGCCAGAUUCCUUGUUAUUGAAACGCAAUUGUUUGAACUAUCUAGUGAAUGUUGAUUCCUAUAUGUAACAAGUAUACGUUUUGGUAUAAUUGUUGUAAAAUUAACUAUAUGAUUAACACAUUUUUUGUUGUUGUACGUAAGUGAAUAAAAUUCUAUUUUUUUAUUAAUUA